CUCUCCUAAUCCUGGGGAAAUACCCCUAAUUUCAAACGCUUCCAGUUCUUGACCCUCUGCAAUGGAUUUCGAUAUUGAGAACCCUGAUCAAAUGGAUGUGGAAGAAUUAGUUCCCAAUCCAAUUCACAGGGAACCACCUAGAAUCCACCGUCUGGAUGAGGCGGUGGUGAACAGAAUCGCUGCCGGUGAGGUAAUCCAACGGCCGGUCUCUGCCGUAAAAGAGCUCCUCGAGAAUAGCAUCGACGCUGAUUCCAGCUCCAUAUCCGUCUUAGUUAAGGACGGCGGCCUCAAACUCAUCCAAGUUUCGGAUGAUGGCCACGGAAUUCGAUAUGAAGAUCUGUCAAUAUUAUGCGAAAGGCAUACAACCUCUAAACUGAGUAAAUUUGAGGACUUACUGUCUAUCAAAUCAAUGGGGUUUAGGGGUGAGGCUUUGGCAAGUAUGACCUAUGUUGGUCAUGUGACAGUCACCACAAUUACCAAGGGUCAGUUGCAUGGAUACAGGGCGACUUAUAAAGAUGGUGUAAUGGAGCAUGAACCAAAAGCUUGUGCAGCUGUUAAAGGCACUCAAAUCAUGAUCGAGAAUUUAUUUUAUAACAUGAGCGCUCGGAGGAAAACACUUCAGAAUUCUGCGGAUGACUAUCCCAAAAUAGUCGAUUUAAUUUGUCGGUUUGCCAUCCAUCACAUAAGUGUGAACUUCUCUUGCAGAAAGCAUGGAGCUGCUAGAGCAGAUGUUCACUCAGUUGCUACCACCUCAAGGCUUGACACAAUAAGAUCUGUGUAUGGGGUAUCAGUUGCACAAAAUCUUAUGGAGAUAGAAGUUUCAGAAGAUGAUCCUUCAAGUUCGAUUUUUGAAAUGGAUGGCUUUAUCUCAAAUUCAAAUUACAUUGCAAAGAAGAUAACAAUGGUCCUUUUCAUUAAUGACAGGCUGGUGGAGUGCGGUGCUCUAAAGAGGGCAAUUGAAAUUGUUUAUGCUGCAACUUUGCCGAAAGCAUCAAAACCUUUCAUCUACAUGUCAAUCAAAUUGCCACCGGAGCACAUUGAUGUAAAUGUACACCCGACAAAGAGAGAGGUGAGCCUCCUGAAUCAAGAAGUUAUAGUUGAGAAGAUUCAAUCUGCCAUAGAGUCAAAAUUGAGGAACUCCAAUGAGUCUCGGACAUUUCAGGAACAGAGGGUGGAUCCUUCUCCAUCUGUUUCUAUUUCUAUGAGCAAAGGAUCCUCCAGUCAUUCCUCAUCCUCUGGAUCAAAAUCGCAAAAAGUUCCAGUGCAGAAAAUGGUACGGACAGAUUCACAGGAUCCUGCAGGAAGGUUGCAUGGAUACUUGCAAGUUAAGCCAUCUAGUCAACUACAAGGAAGUUCUCGCCUGGCGUCCAUAAGGUCUGCAAUCAGACAAAGGCGGAACCCAAGGGAAACUGCAGACCUUACUAGCAUUCAGGAACUUAUCAGAGAGAUUGAUUCUAGCUGUCACUCUGAGUUGCUGGACAUUGUUAGGAACUGCUCAUAUAUUGGGAUGGCAGAUGAUGUUUUUGCCCUGCUGCAGCACAACACCCACCUUUACCUUGCUAAUGUGGUCAAUUUGAGCAAAGAGCUGAUGUACCAGCAAGUCUUACGGCGGUUUGCGCAUUUUAGUGCAAUUCAAUUGAGUGAUCCAGCUCCAUUGCCAGAAUUAAUAAUGCUGGCUUUGAAAGAGGAGGAAUUGAAUACAGAAGGCGAUGAAAACAAUGACCUGAAAGAAAAGAUUGCAGAAAUGAAUACAGAAAUGAUCAAGCAGAAAGCAGAGAUGCUGGAGGAGUACUUUGGAAUUCAUAUCGAUCCAAAUGGUAAUUUGUCCAGGCUACCCAUCGUACUCGACCAAUACACACCCGAUAUGGAUCGCGUUCCAGAGUUUGUUCUCUGCUUGGGCAAUGAUGUUAAUUGGGAUGAUGAGAAAAUUUGUUUUCAAACUAUUGCUGCUGCCAUCGGGAAUUUUUAUGCUUUACAUCCACCGCUGUUGCCUAAUCCAUCUGGCGAUGGCAUGCAAUUUUAUCAGAGAGUGCCUUCUCGUACUCCUGAAGAAGGAGAUGCCUCAAAAAGUGCUGACGAUGUAAACAAGGAUGAAGUUGAGCAUGAGCUACUUUUGGAGGCUGAAAAUGCUUGGGCUCAGCGUGAAUGGUCAAUACAGCAUGUGUUGUUCCCCUCCAUGCGACUUUUCCUCAAGCCUCCAACUUCAAUGGCUGCAAAUGGAACAUUUGUCAAGGUUGCAUCGUUGGAGAAACUCUAUAAAAUCUUUGAGAGAUGCUAACUGUAGCAGCAGUCUUCUCACUGUAAGAAUGAAGUUGCGACACGACAUAUUUUGAGAAGCUUGUGCUAUCUGUUUCAGCACCACAUUGUGUGUUAUCUUUUGUAGAUAUGCGACAUUUGCAACAUUUUGAUCAUUCUCUUUUUAAUGUUAAAUGCAUGCUGUAUGGCGUGUUUUUUGCAAUAUUAAGAGUAAAUUUUGUGUAGAUUUGUAGAGUCUCUCAUCAUGUAAAACUAUACGCUAUACGAGUAAUGCUUCAUUGCCCUGGAUUCGGGCAUUAGACUCC